AUGUAUGGCGACUUGUUCCGUAGAAAAGGGCUGACAUUCCGUACUGGACAUAGCAGGCGGUCAACUGAAAUGGUGGAGGGCGAGGUAGCUCAGUGGUCAGAGCGCGAAUUUACAGACCGGAAGGUCCGUGAUUCGAACCCCACCUCUGCCUCUCGGCUUCUCCUGUCUAGGCUUGGCCAACCUGGCAGUACCCAAGCCGUCGUGCUUCCUUCGGUGGCAUCGUAG